AUGGUGACGAUGUACGUGCUCAUGUUUUGGUCCAUGAAGGCAGCACUAGUUCCCAGGAUGACGUCAUGCAGUUGGGUUGGGGCUGGGAAAACAUGGAUCGGGAACUGGUAGAGCGAUUCGGUGCACCCACCCACGACAUCCCGCACUGAAAACCAGCUCGCAGAAAAAAGACCAACGCUCUUCCAUCAUAUUGGGACAGUGUGUGGUGGUGGGGAAUGCCUAGUCCUCCACCUUGAUCAGGCUAGAAACCCCACAUCUUCCCCCAAACAAGGCACCAUGAAUACAUCAGGCAAGGUCAGCGGACUCAAACCCCCCAGUAAAAUAGUCCGUACAACAGGGGUGGCAUCAAGGACGUCUCCAGCAUCUGGUACUCCAAUGCCAGUUCCUCCUGAGAAGUCCCCUGGAAGUGUGACCCUCCCAACCCCGGAUGGAAGUGCUGACUUUCAGGUUGGGGAGAGGGUCUGGGUCAAUGCCAACAAGCCCGGCUGCGUGCAGUUCAUUGGGGGCACACAGUUCGCACCUGGGCAGUGGGCAGGUAUUGUGCUGGACGAGCCGAUUGGGAAGAACGACGGGUCGGUGGCAGGGGUCCGGUACUUCCAGUGUGAGGAUGGGAGAGGGAUUUUCACGCGGCCUUCUAAGCUAUCCAGGACGGACUUGCCAGAGAAGGAGGCAAACGGGGGCCAUGCCAUCCCAGCACAAGGAGCCACUGCAACAAGAGAGUCACCUGUUGGCUGUACCUCAACCGCUCAGGGAACUGGCAUAAAGACGAGUGGUUUGCUUAACCGAAUGUCCAGCGACUCUGUAUCAAACCUGUCAGACACAGAAUCCAUGAAGAAGAACAGAAGGGAGCUGAGGCUGGGAGACCGCGUGCUGGUGGGUGGUACCAAGGCAGGAGUUGUGCGGUUUCUGGGAGAGACAGACUUUGCCAAGGGAGACUGGUGUGGAGUGGAACUAGACGAACCACUUGGCAAAAACGAUGGAGCUGUAGCAGGGACCAGAUAUUUUCAGUGCAUGCCGAGGUUUGGCCUGUUUGCCCCGGUCCACAAGGUGACGCGCAUUGGCUUCCCCUGCACGACACCUUCAAAGGUGAAGAGCUCGCGGAGGAGGUCCACCCUCCUCGGGAGGAGCCCCAGUCCCUCCUCCAUCAGCUCGCUCAGCUCCGCCACCUCCUCCAUCAGCGGCAAGCCCAGCCGAGCAGGACUGCUCACGGAGACAUCUGCUCGGUAUGCUCGGAAGAUUUCCGGCACAACUGCGCUGCACGAGGCUCUGAAGGAGAAGCAGCAGCACAUUGAACAGCUGCUGGCAGAGAGAGACCUGGAGAGAGGUGAGGUCGCGAAGGCAACCAGCCACGCAGGGGAGGUGCAGCUGGAGCUGUCUCAGCUGAGGAGAGGGCGGGAUCAGUAUGCCGUGGAGAUGGAGGCAAAGCUUGAUCAGCUGCGUUUGCUGGUGGAAGCAGCAGAUCGAGACAAAGUGGAGCUGCUCAACCAGCUGGAGGAGGAGAAAAGAAAAGUGGAGGAUCUGCAGUUUCGUGUGGAAGAGGUUUGCAUCACCAAAGGAGACCUUGAGACGCAGACCAGGCUGGAGCAUGCCCACAUAAAGGAGCUUGAGCAGAGCCUGCUCUUUGAAAAGACCAAAGCUGAGAAACUCCAGAGGGAUUUAGAGGACACUAGGGUGGCCACUGUGUCUGAGCGCUCCAGGAUCAUGGAGCUUGAGAGGGAGGUGGCAGGUCUCCAGCUCAGGCUCCGGGCGUCCCAGCAGAAGGAGGAUGCUGCGUCUCUGUCUCAGCAACAGAUUAGCAGCCUCAAGGCCCAGGCACAGUCUCAAGAGAAAAGGAUCAGUGAGCUGAGUGUUGACCUGGAGAGCAAACAGAAAGAGCUUCAGUCUGUGCUGCAAGAUAAAAGUUCUCUGGAUCAGCAGCUGAACAGCCUGAGAGAGAGGCUUGAGGUCGCCGAGGAAGAGAACAGGAGGACAGCGAAGACCAUGCAAGAGUUGGAGCAGAGGGUGGAACAGUCGAAGAAAGGCUAUCACACCAUGAAAGAGGAGAGCCAGUGCAGAGAGAAGGAGCUGAAAGCCCAGCUGACACAGCUUGAGGCUUUGAAACAGCAGAACUCCAAGUACCAGGAGGAGCUCAGUCUGUUGAAGGAGCUGAGCAGUUCAGAAAACCAGAGAUUUGGAGUCCUCUGCAAGGAAUUUGAGGAGCUGAAGCUGGCCUCCCACAAGUCUCAGCAUCUUGACGAGCACAACGACGAUCGCAACAAUCAACAACCAGACAUGAAGACCAGAGAAAACAUCUCUAAUCAGGAGGGGGAGGUGAAAUUCCAGAAGUCCACUGCAGCCUUAAUCUCGGACAAAGAUCAGGAACUGGAAACUCUAAGGAACGAGAUCGCAGUUCUGCGAGGAGAAAACGCCAUGGCCAAGUCCCUGCUGUCGGCCAUGGAGACGUUGGAGAGAGACAAAGGUCAGCUGCAGAUUCGUGUUAGCAGUCUAGAGCAAAGGCUCAUGGGAAGGCAGGCCUCGGAGGGAGAGGACAGGGAAGCUCCGCCGCCGGGCGAUGCAGUUCUGGAGCAGCUGAAGGAAGAGAAGGAAUUCGCUGAGGGACAGAUCAUCUUCCUGAACAGUGUGAUUGUGGACCUGCAGCGGAAGAAUGAGGAGCUGAAGAUCAAACUUAAGAAGCUCGCUCUGACUGAGUUCAAUGGCAACGACGGGACCGAUGGUUUCGAUGAAGGUGUGUCAAAGCGGGACAAGAAGGUGACCCCCCGUCUCUUCUGCGACAUCUGCGACUGCUUUGACCUCCACGACACCGAGGACUGUCCCACUCAGGCCCAGAGCCCCGACUCCGUACCUCACACCACCUAUCACGGCAACCCGGCCAACCAGAGGCCCUACUGCGACAUCUGUGAGGCGUUCGGACACGCCACGGAGUCCUGCAACGACGACCAGACCUUCUAGAGGCUCCAAAAACUCUCUCUCCCUGUAUUCUGAUUCCUUUCCUCUCUCGUCUCACCCUUAUGCACUUCUCACCUUUUGCUCUCCUGCCAUGUUUCCCACCGUCCAGCCCGACAUGCCUGCAGAUUUUUCCUUAACGUAUUUUUAUACUAUAUUUAUGCGUAUCACUGGUAACCACUGUUCUGAUCCGCGGCUCUCUUCUCUGGGGAGAAACAGCUCUGUAAUGCAAAAUGCUCAUCCAAAUAUGCUGCUUCGGUGCAAUAUUGAUAUUUAUAACAAAAGGAGUCGGUCUUCUGCACUUGUUGUUUUUCACGUGUUGUUUCGGAUUCUAGCAUAAGUGAUGUUUCACAUUCAAUGUGUUUGGGGCUUUAUUUGAAAAAAGAGAAAAGCACAGAUAAAACUGAAGGGAAAAAAUUAAGCUCCUCUCAAACUUUACAUUCCUGUCCUCUGUAAACCCACCAGAGAGAUAAACUGCCACGUUAAAUGUAUCACUAAUGUGUUUUGGGAGUAUUUGGGCCACUUUCAAAACAAAAAAAUCAAUUUAACAUUUUGAGUCAUCAAUUUAUUAGAAAAAGUAAAUAAUCUGACCAAAAUACCAAAAAUUAUAUCUCAACCAAAAAGUUGGAACAUAUUAAAGACAAUAGAUUUUACUAUGAUAGUUUUAUAAACCUAUGUUAUUAUCUAAACAAUAUGACUAUUUUACCGCUUUAUGUUUACUUUAUUCUGAAAAUAUUGCAACCUAAUUAGCAAUAUAUUCUGUUACAGAAUAUUAUAUAUAUUCUAUUACAGCACAAUUGUCAAAAUAUUCCAUCGUUUCUAUGAUUUUUUCAAUGUUACUGUCAAGAUAUUAUUUUCAUAACAGCAGUAUUCCUUAAAUUUUACAAUUGUAUUCUCAAAACAUUAUGACUUAAUUCUGUAAAUAUUCAGACUUUUUUAGUGGCCCUAAUACUCCCUCUACGACCUAAAUGUUAGACCUUAGAAAUCGUAAUCUCCAUGGUAACUAGUUUACAUUUGUCGAUGAAGACGACAGAAGAGGCAAAUGAAGGUUUGAGAAAAAGUUAGUACGUGGACGUUAGGUAGAUUUUACAUAUGAAGGUCAAUUAUCCGUUUACUUGCUUACUUCACUUGGAUCGUGUGGCUCUACAACAAUUCUUUGUUUGACAAAAUAAUUUCCACAAGGUUCCUUUUACUGGAGUCCUGUAGCUUUCAGUCAUAUCACACAAUCUUCCUCAGCGGAUGAAGUUUGCACAUUUUUCCUGGAAUUGUACGGAUUCAAAAUCGUCUCUUGUUUACUAUUCCAUGACAUCUGGGAAACUGGAUUGAAAGCUCCAGAAGAGCUACUAAAUGGACCUCAUGGUGAGAUUAUUUUGUCAGAUACUGUUUCUGAGGUCACGAGUGAACUUUCCAUUAUAACAUCGUUAUGUAUUUAGCUUUCCAUAGCUCAGCGUAUGCGUUAAUAUCCUUUAGUAAUGACACGUAAAGUUACUGCGGAUUUGUUGUAGUUAUUAAUGAAGUUGAUGCAUUUGUUAUUUAUUGUCUGUUCUUUCACUAACCACUGAUAUUCCUUCAGGGAAAUAAGCUAGCACUGAUUGAAGGUGUAUAGUCUGUACUCGGACUACUGUAGUACAAGUGGGCAUCUGCCUUGUGUUACAGGAACUCACCCAGAUGAAACUAUAGAAGACUCGACUCACAGAUUUGCACUGUCCACUUUAAAGAUUCAGCAGAGACAUACAACGCUUUAAUGUUUAAUGUUCUGACUAACGCUAUUUAAAAGUUAUCUUAUCUAAAAGUUAGUACUGACCUCUUUAAAGCUAAAGUUUGACAUUUUAGGAAAUACGCUUAUUUGCUUUUACAUGGGAGGAUUUUACAAGUUGCAUGAAACGAUCAAUACCGCUUUCAUAUCUGUGUGGUAAAUUGGAAGCUAAUGCAGGUUAGCUCAUCUUAGCUUAGCACAAAGUCUGGGAACAGGGGAAACAGCUAGCCUUGCAAUUGUUGUUACACAUGGGGGCUCGGAGCUGCUGUUACCAUAACCUAACUGUCUGUCAAGUUGCGUUGUUGGCAAUGUUGGCACCAGGUUCUGACAAGAAAGAAGAAUGUGUGGAUAUAUCUGGUUCUGCUGCAACAAUUUUGAUCAUACUUAUUCUUGACUGACCAUCUUCGGUCCAACAAUGUUCUAAAUUUAAAUCAGAGGACACACUCUUUUUAACAAACAGACAAUUUUCCCAUGCGGCGGAAAGCAAAUAGUCAUAUUUCCCACCGUUUUGAGCUAUUCCUUUAUAUGAACCCCAUAUGGAAACGUGUAUUUUGACGUAUCUUGUUCCUAAGCACAAUUUUGGAUCAUAUUGAAUCUUCCAGGGUAACAGUGUAUAAUACAUGACUUACCAUUGACACCUGUCCUUGUAAAUACUCCUCAGAAGCACCCUUCUGAUAAAUGUGUACACAGUGCCAUGAAACAAAAAGAAAGCUUUUAUGUGUACUACAUUUAAUUUUUCUGCCCUGUUGAAAAGACUGACGCUGUAUAAGGAGGUUUCAUCUCCAGGGGAACAACAAAGCCUGCUUGUAUAGACUUUAAAAAUAUUGUGUACUUUAUAAAUGAUACGUCUAAUGAGUAGUUUAAUGUUUUAUACAUGUAACAAUUUCAGGUACCAUCUAUAAAUGGUUUCCAAAAGCCUUUUACAGUUGUUGACGUGGUGUAAAAUGUCACUGUUUUCUAUGUACUGUAUACUCUGGAGCAGUCCAAUAGAAAUACUAAGAACUAAAA